AUGUCCCAACGGUCACGAAACAGAAAGGAUCGCGAACCCUCACUAGAUGUCUCGAUGAUGGAAGAACUCCGAGCUCACGUUUCCGUGAUCCGGGAGAACGAGAGAAAGGUGAUAGCCACGUGGGAGAAGAUCUUAGCCUUGGAGCGGCGCAUCAAACAGAAUGAGGGCACUGGGUCUAGUCAUUCAGCAACAGACUUGGCGGAUCUAGAAGCUUACUACCGCGAGCUGGUCAAGAUAAACGAGGAGCAGACAGCUCUGGCGAAUGAGAACCGGGAACGCAUCACCGUUUUGAUGACGUUGGUCAAGAGAAAAGAAGAAGAGACGCCACAGUCUUCCGCGCGGAAUGCCAGCUCCAGGUCCUCGGGUCUGGAAUUGGAUGGGCCGUCCGACUCGCCCGUUCCCUCGCCCGCAGAGAAUAGAGCUCGCAAAAUGGGUGGGUCCAGGACGAGCAGCCAGCCCCCACGCAGCAAUACCGACGGUGCAUCUGAAACCAAUGAGCGAGUAGUCAAGCCAAAGAUUGUGUACUCUUUGAAGGAAGAGGUCGCUUUCAAGAGAAAGGUCCCCGGCGGCAAGCCCGAAGACCAAGACUGGAUCCAAGGGGAAGUGGUGAGAGUCAUCGGGGAUGGGAAGAGUCGACGGUACGAGGUCAAGGAUAUUGACCCCGAGGCCGCCGCGAGUGUGAACCCAUUUUACAAGUCAUCUGCGUCACAAAUGGUUCCAAUCCCCCCCGAAGGUGCUACCCUCGGUACAUACGAGGUUGGUAAACAGGUUCUGGCCUUGUACCCUCAAGCUACGACGUUUUAUCGCGCGGAGGUCAAGUCCACGAUUGAUGGAGGCGCCAGAGUACUUGUUUUGUUUGACGAAGAGGAUGUCGAGAAGCCAGUUGCUCGGAGAUUCGUCCUGGAUCAUAAGGGAUAG